CGCUGAGCCCCCCGGUGCCCCGGCAGUGCAGAAGGGCAGGGCGAGGCUGUGGUGAAGCCGGUGCUGGCUCCUGACAUCCCCACGUGCCCGGCUGCCGCAGCACCGAUGCGCUCCAGGUGCUUUCCGUGGUGGGAGGCGAGACUGGGAUGGCAGCUGUGCUGUGGCUCCUCCUGGCCCAGUGCCCCAGCUUCCCACCGGGCUCUGGGCCACCAGCCUCGGGGCCACGGCGCUGCCGGAGCGUGGGUGCCAGCGGGGCUCCUGGGCACAGCUCCCAGCGGGAAGCCGCCCGUGCGGCUCGGCCCAGCCGGGGAGGAGCACCUGGUUCUGCCGGAGCCCCGUGCCAGGAUAGCGGCAUCCAGCCGCGCCAGCUCCACCGGGAGAGCCGUGGCGCCAGGAAGGGAGGCCGGGCUGGGGAUGGCGUUUUGUGCAGGGUCAUCGGCCACAGGUCCCUGGCCAAGCGGGACAGAGGACAGGCAGGCUGACAGCAUGUCUGAGGUGGGAAACGGCACCCUGACCACCCAUGUGCUGAACACGGCCACGGGGCUGCCGGCAGCCGGCCUUGCUGUCCGGCUGGCCCAGCUGCAGGAGCCAGGGCCACAGUGGAUGGAGCUGGCACAGAGGUACACGGAUGCGGACGGGCGCUGUCAGCCCCUCCUGGCACCGGGACAGGCCAAGUCUGGCACCUACAAGCUGCACUUUGAGACAGCCGAGUACUGGCGGGGUCUGGGGCACACCAGCUUCUACCCCUUCGUGGAGGUUGUCUUCAUCAUCACCGACCCGGCACAGAAGCUCCACGUCCCACUCCUGAUCAGCCCCUACUCCUACACAACCUACCGGGGCAGUUAGAGGGGCUCUGCCUUCCCCUGGGCACCCAGGAAUGGUGCCACUGAUGCCAU